AUCGUGAUAUAGACAUGUCAUUCGUAAACAUGCAUAAUACCAUACAGUAAAGUGAGAAUCUGAUCAGUACCUCUUCUCACAAACACUUAGAUAACGAAGCAUUUCGAAAUGAUGAGAUUAAGUAUUUCACAACUUGGAUUUCUUAUCUUAUUUCUCACAAUACUAUUGAAUGAAGUCAAUGGUCAAAUGGCUGCUCAAGGUCAAAUGGGUGUUAUCUUCGAUUUGAAGAAAGCGCUUUGCUACCGACUAGUUGAUACAUGGGGCUGCUUUUUAGAUGCGUUACCACGGGAACUUGGAGGAAAACAAAAAACGUGUAUAAGUAAAAUGAGUGAAAAAAUGAAGUUAACAUUUUCAUUCUAGGUUUAAAUCAUCAGCAACAAUGA